CGGGCCUCACCGGCCGGGCACGAGGCUUCACCACCGGAAGCACGAGGCCGAAUUCCAAGCUAUUGUCCUGUCUCGCCUGGUAUCGCGCGCUCCUGGCAGUAGCCCACGGUAGCCUAAUCGCCACAGCCUCGGGCAAAAGGAAUUGGCCUGGGCCCCCAGGCAGAGGAACUAAUGCCUCAAGGAUACAAGCGGUUUUUUUGGAAAAGCCUGCAUACCUUGUAGCUAUCCGACCAGUACCUUACAGAUUUUUUACUCUGUCUCCUUUAAACUAAGCCCCUAUCUUUCUGGGCAUUCUGGCCAACAUCAUCUUCACGAAAGGGAUGAUUAUUCAACAGAUAUUAAUUGAAUGACUAUUUUGUGUGGCAGACGCUGUGUCUAGGCUCUUGAGAUGGACACUUUAAGAGCACCUGGUUUUCUACCCUCCAGAGAUUUACUGUGAAGCGGAGAUAUAGACCAGUGAGUUACAAGACAAAUCUCUUAAUGACUAUGUAAGUACAGGAUGCCUAGGGAUCUCUGAAGAGAAGUUCGACCUGGAGAUGUGUCCACAAGUAGUCCCCUCGAAGUGGUAAAUUAAGCUGGAAAGGUUGACUGCAAAGUUAGAAAACAGAAGGGAGACUUUUCAUAUUUCAAGUGAGACGACAGCUCUAAGGCUGAAAGCUGUAUUGUAGGAAUUUGAAGAAGUUGAUGAUGGCUGAAGAUUGUUCACAAGAGGGGACAGUAGAGAAAUGAGACUGAGAAGGAAAUGCUGGAGGAUUUAGAGGCUUAUCCUAAAGAUAAACUUCUCAAAGAUUUCGUGCACAGGAGUGGCAUGAUAUAAAUUAUGUCUUUUGAAAAUUAUUUGGAGGCAGAGACAUAGAACUCUCAAUCACUGGUUCACUCCCCCAGUACCAGAAGCUGCAGGAGAAAUCAGGAGCUGGCAGCUCCAUCCUGGUCUCCAAGGUGGGAGGCAGGAACCCGAUGGCUUGAGUCAUCACUGUUGCAUUCCAGGGUCUGCAAUGGUAAGAAGCUGGAGUCAGGAGCAGGAGGAACUCAGCAGGUGUUUGGCGAAGUCAUAAUUGUCAGGAAAGAACCUUGGACGGAGAAUAUUUUUCUUGCUCCACUGCUUUCUUAAAUCAAAAGUUUGCUAAGGUGUUUGCUUCAGAAUGUAUACAGAGGGUGAAGCUAAGAAAAUAGGAGUGGUUGGCUGGGUGAAGAAUACCAGCAAAGGCACUGUGACAGGCCAAGUUCAAGGUCCUGAAGACAAAGUCAAUUCUAUGAAAUCCUGGCUGAGCAAGGUUGGGAGUCCUAGUUCUCGCAUUGACCGCACAAACUUUUCUAAUGAAAAAACCAUCUCCAAGCUUGAAUACUCCAACUUUAGCAUUCGAUAUUAAUGGAAGAGAAAUACAAAUUAUAAUGCUUAUAUUGUAAAAUAGACAUCAUAUGUUCUUAAGUCUACACCAUUGAAUAAUAGUAGCAGAGUAGGGUAAAAAAAAAGAAUGUUCAUUUCUGAAAUGCAUAAAAUUAUACAUGUUACUAAAAAUGUCUGACACAAGUGAUUUUACUCAAUUAUGUUUUAGUAAGCAAAACUAAUUUUCUCAUAUUUAAAGUGUCAUAACAAAGUAAGUUUGUCUUGUUGAAUCUUUAAUUUUGAUGAAUAUUAUAUAUGUUAUUUGGCUAGACAUAAAAUAAUAAUUUUUAUUUGUAGUGAAUUAAAAAACUGAAUAAUAAUGUUAUUAAAGUUGAGUAAUUUGUUAUUAAAGACUUUAAAAAUACCAGUGGUUAGAUAGAAAUGUAUAUGAUGAUCAAUAUAACCAUAAACUAAUACCAAUAAAGAAU